CCACCCUGGUCCUUGUUCUCGAUGUCCAGAGGUCGAAUGAAGGACUCCAGCUCCAUCCUCGCUGGAAUCACUCGGGGUUGUCCACAGAUCAGGCCGGCCUUGCGGGCUGGACCCCGCUUCCUCCUGGGACCACCUGGAAGGAGUCUCCGCCGAACUACACUACACUGGGAGUCACUUCCGGCCUCCCUGGAGGACUGGGCGACGCUCUGUCCGUUGCCUUGGAAACAGAGGGAGGCGGGCGGGCGUCCUCUACCGGUUAGCAAGAAGACUGCUCCGCAACUAGAACGAAGCCUCUAAGACGAGCGCUGGGGAGGGGCCUAGGUGGGGUGCUAGCUCUGAAUGGCCGUAAGGUCACGCUCCUCCCCAUUCACCACACUUGCCAAUAGGCUCCGGGUCCACUGCACAUGCGCAGGAUCCUAACAUACCGUCCAUCACGGCCGUUGGUCCCUCUUGUUGGCUACAGGAAGACACCCAGUACAAUGCCAUCCCCACUGGGCCGCCCACGCCUGCCCUCUGUGGAUCCUGUGGCCAUCCUGGAGGAGCCUGAGGCAGCACGCCUGCGCUUCCGGGGGUUCUGCUACCAGGAGGUGGCAGGUCCCCGUGAGGCCCUGGCCCGGCUUCGAGAGCUGUGCCACCAGUGGUUGCGACCGGAGGCAUGCUCCAAGGAGCAGAUGCUGGAGCUGCUGGUGCUGGAGCAGUUUCUGGGCACACUGCCUCCUGAGAUUCAGGCCUGGGUGCGGGGCCAGCGGCCAGGCAGUCCUGAGGAGGCUGUAGCCCUGGUUGAGGGCCUGCAACAUGACCCUGGGCAGCUGCUGGGCUGGAUCACAGCCCAUGUCCUGAAGCAAGUGGUGCUCCCAACAGCACAGAAGACAGAGGAAUCCUUGGGGAGAUCCCACCCCUUAGGGACAGUGGAGCUCCUCAGUGCCACCUCUGGGGAGGGAUCACAGGACAUUCAGAUGGAGCGGUCUGCCCAGCUUAGCUGCAGUGUGAAGGAGGAGCCAGAUGCUGAUGGGCAGGAGAUGGCACCUUCCAGCCCCCAAAAUCCAGCCCAGUCCCAAGAGGGACACCCUGGACACAGGGAACCAACUUCCACAUCCUUCCACCCACCCAGGAUUCAGGAGGAGUGGGGGCUACUGGACCCGUCACAGAAGGAAUUGUACUGGGAUGCAAUGCUGGAGAAAUACGGCACGGUGGUCUCCCUGGCAGGAAUACCAGCCCCCCAGCCAGAGGCACAGGCUGAGUUGGAGCCGGGGGCAUUGCGUACAGGGACAGAGAGUCUCCACCUGGGAGAUGAGAAUGAGAGCCACUGCGAGGGUCCAUCCCGCUGCCCAGAGGACCAGCCACCCCGGGGCUUGGGGUCUGUUACUUGGGAGGGCCCGUCUGUGGCCUCUAUGUCUGCCAGGGCAGUGCUGGGAGCAGGGCUGGAGCCUGGCGCCCCUCGGAGGAAGCCUUAUACCUGUGAGCUGUGCGGCCGAGGCUUCGACUGGAAAUCGGUGUUUGUCAUCCACCACCGGACACAUGCAGAUGGGCAGGGUACACAGGCACCAGCGCUGACUGUGGGUGGUGCUCAGAAGCUGCCACAGGGUUCCCGGGAGCCAGGCACACCACGUCACCCCCGACGCGUGCUCCCAUGCCCCCGGAGCUAUGCAUGUGAGGAGUGUGGGUGCAGCUUCAGCUGGAAGUCGCAGCUGGUCAUCCACCGCAAGAGCCAUGCAGGCCAGCGGCGCCACUUCUGUGGAGACUGUGGCCGUGGCUUCGAUUGGAAGUCCCAGCUGGUCAUCCACAGGAAGAGCCACCAGCCCGAAGCCCCACUUGCGGAGGCUGGACUUCCGGCGUCCGGGGGCUGUCACUUUGCUGCCGGGCGUGGGGCCACACCGGUGUCGGGGACUGAGGCGCGACCGGCCCGGGCCGGUUUUCCAGAGGCUUGGAGACCCAGGGCGAGGGCUGCGAGGAAGGCGCGAGCGGAGGGCCGCAACGCGCACGCCGUGAUCGUGGGCGACGGUCGCGUCCCCCGAGCCUGGGUUUCUCCGGGUGUAGCCUGGGACGCCCCGCAAGGCUGUGGGGCGGUGCCCAGAGUCACGUGUUCUCCGACCCCCGGGCGGCAGGGGCGGCGGCGUCCUGGGCGUCUGUGCCCUCGAACGACGGGAAGACUGAGGCCUGGAGCCGGGACGUCGCGUUGUGCGUCGCUUUCUGCGCGUCCUCAAGCAAGGGUUCUGAUGGCGACCGCGGCGCUGACAGAGCCCGCACAGAGCCUGAUGGCCUUUGAGGAUGUGGCCGUGUACUUCUCCCAGGAGGAAUGGGAGCUCCUGGAUGCAGCCCAGAGGGCCUUGUACUGCCACGUGAUGCUAGAGAACUUCGCACUUGUGGCUUCACUGGGGCUCUCUGCGUCACGACCCCGGGUAGUCAUGCAGCUUGAGCGUGGCGAGGAGCCCUGGGUUCUCAGUGAGACAGAUGUGAUGCCAGCCAGGAAUGCUCAGAGGAAGGCCAGCCCUGGUUCCCGUCAUCUGGCAUACGACAGGGUGGUUCCUGGAGAAGCAGCGCUGCCAGGGGCCCUCCAUGAUGGCUCCCGUCCAGCGCCUACAAGGGUCCUUCCCUUCACUGGCAUGUGUGAUCGUGGGAAAAGCCUGGAGGACUGGCAGGGCAUCUCCCCUUCUCAGGAGAAAAAACCCACAGGGGUGUCUGUAAUCUAUUGGGAACGGCUCCUGCUAGGUCCUGGCAGUGGGGAGGCCAGUGUCAGCCUCAGGCUGACCUCUCCACUGAGGAUGGCUGAGGACAGCUCACCCAGGGAGAAGGCCCUUAUGAACCGCCCCGUGCCAGGCAAGCAGCUGAGGGCAUGUGGGGGUCAGAAGCCAUAUGGGCGGGAGGCCCCUGGGAGAGCCUUCCCCAAAAUUCCAGAAUUUGAGGCUGGUCUCACCUCUGGGCAAGGUGGUAAGGGUACAGCUAGCCACAAGCCUCAUGGACUCCCUGCUGGCCAGGAGCCCCCGACCUGGCAUCAGCUGGGCAAGGCCCUCCACACAGGCACUGGCCUCCUUUCAGGGGAGAAGCCCUUCGAAUGCAGGGCAUGCAACAAAGUGUUCGUGAAGAGCUCCGACCUGCUCAAGCACCUGCGCACCCACACUGGGGAGCGGCCAUAUGAAUGUGCUCAGUGUGGCAAGGCCUUUAGCCAGACAUCACACCUGACGCAGCACCAGCGCAUCCACAGUGGUGAGACACCCUAUGCAUGCCCAGCCUGUGGCAAGGCCUUCAGGCAUAGCUCCUCCCUGGUGAGACACCAGCGCAUACACACAGCUGAGAAGUCUUUCCGCUGCAGCGAGUGUGGCAAGGCCUUCAGCCAUGGGUCCAACCUCAGCCAGCACCGCAAAAUCCACGCAGGUGGGCGGCCCUAUGCGUGUGCCCAGUGUGGCCGCCGCUUCUGCCGCAACUCACACCUGAUCCAGCAUGAGCGCAUGCACACGGGUGAGAAGCCUUAUACCUGUGCUCUUUGCGGUGCUGCCUUCAGCCAGGGUUCCUCGCUGUCUAAUCACCAGCGUGUGCACACAGGCGAAAAGCCCUUUGCCUGUGCAGAAUGUGGCCGUGCCUUCAGUCACAGCUCUAACCUCACGCAGCAUCAGCUACUGCACACGGGUGAGCGGCCCUUCCGCUGUGGGGACUGCGGGAAGGCUUUUGCCAAGGGCGCAGUGUUGCUCAGCCACCGACGCAUCCACACGGGUGAGAAGCCCUUUGUAUGCACACAUUGCGGCCGUGCCUUCCGAGAGCGCCCAGCCCUCUUCCACCACCAGAGGAUCCACACAGGAGAGAAACCUGUGCGGAAACCGCGGCGUGGGACAGGCCUGUGCCCCCAGGCCAGGCCUUCUUUGGGAGCAUCAUCAGAGGGUUCACUGGGGAGGGAAGCUGGGCCCAUUCCCACUUCAGGUCCAGCCACAGUUUCAAAGCCUGCUGAAGCCUGAGUUCACAGCUGGUUGUCUAAACACCUGUGUCGCCCACACAUCCACAUUUUGGGGAAGACAUGGCCUUGUACUGUGGUUCCAUCUGCACAUGGUGAUGAUGUUUGCCAUUUCAGCCACAGGUCAUCCCAACGGUCAGGCUGCAGAAAUAUCGGGGCUGUGUGGAUGCUGGGACUUUGGUAGGGCAGAGACCUGGCAGAGUGCUGUUUCAUGCCUAUUAUGACCUGGGUAGUCAGGUGAGGAGGAGGAGGGUUGGAGUGCUGGGGAGGUGGUCCUAGAAGGUUCCCACGUCUACAGCAAUGACUGCCAGGCUGACCCUCAGGAUGUUCCUUCAAGACCUCAUUUCAUCCAAGGCCUCCUGUGAGCAGACCCAGGGGGUAGGAGGUCAUGUGCUGUCUGGUGUUGGCCUUGGGCUCUAAGUCUCAGCUUCCACCUCUGGAAAAGAAUGGGAAGGAGGGAGGGAGAGAGAGAUUCAGGCCUACCGAGGGUAUCUGCAGGACCCUGAUAGGCAGGAUCUUGAUAAGGGCCAACAUGUGCCCCUUGCCACCCCUGUGAGGUGGCUGCUGUGGUUGGUACCCCAUUUCUCAGAUGAGGAAACUGAGGCAGAGAGAGGGGAUGUGAGUUGCACACAGCAGAGCCAGGACAUGGCUCCUGGCCAUAGGCUCAGCAUCCCGAGCUCAGCACUCUGCCCCCAUGCUCUGGCACCCAUGCUCUAGUCUGCCAGUGUGAGAGCUGGGUGAUGCCAGGCCUGGCUACCUGCACCUAGAACUCCCACAGACGGUGGAGCAAGUAGAGGUAGAGGGCCCUGGGUUGGAGAGAGGGAGACCAGCAUCAAGAAUGAUGGCUCUUCAGCCAUGCUCUUCCAUUCAGUUUCUCAUCCAAGCCUCAGGAUUAGCCACAUCCUCUUGUUACCAAAGGCUCCCUUACAGGAGCCUUUAUAUCCCCACUGCCCUGAGAAGAGGUGAUCAUAACAGGUUUGGGGGAGACCAGAUGGGACUACUUGUUUCUGCAGAGUCUGGUGGACAGGUGUCCACCUGUUCUCUUGCCUCAAGUGGAAAGGGGAUUUGCCGUUCCCUAAGGCCAUGUGUGUGCACCCUCCCAUCGUGGGACACCUCCACAUGGCUGGGACACUGAGUCUGAUGGGUGGGGUGGGGCACAGGUUUCUCCCUGUGGCUCUCAGCGGACCAGCAUCCAUUGUGACCUGAGGCUUUACUCCCAGGGAUGUUAGUGGACUCUUGGGAACAAAAAAGAAAAGACCCAAAAGUAGAAGUUGGAAUGGACGUAUAUUGUGCAAAUCUUUGCACAACACUAUGGAAAUGCACAGCCUGGCCUCCCCUCCCAACGUCCAGAUUAUGGUUCGGGAGUGUUUAACAACACAGUCUUCACAGAGCUGUGAAGUUUUGCUUCAACCAGGUCCUUUUGAGGGUCUAAAGGUUAGCUACACAGCUUGCCUGUUCCCCAAAUAAGGGUCUGGGACGUUUAUGUAAUGACAGCCAAAAGUUCAUGGGAGUCUGCGAAGAGACUUGGGCUAUGUUAGACAUCAUGAAGUUGCCCAAGUCUCUGUUUUUUUUUUUUUUUUUUUUUUUUAAUAAUUUUUUUCCAAGUCUCCGUUCUACUAUAAGAUGAGUCUUUGUAGAUCCAGGCUCGGCAGCCUGAGAUAAGGGGGUACCCUAGUCCCAUCACCUCCAAGGUUCGCAGCCUCCUGUCACACAAAAUGAACACAGAAAUGAUGUGUCUCCCCCCUCUCCCCCUCGCAUCUACCUGCCAGCACGUUCAGACUUAUCUUCCAUCUCUGGAACCUCGUAAGUCCUAUAAUGAGGGGAGAUGUGGCAGCAGUGAGAGAUGUCUUGCAGGGAACUGGGUCACCAAGAUCGUUGGAGUAUAGUUCCAGAACUUCUGGUAUGGUGCAGGACCUUGAACCACUGUCCACCCCUCCUGGACUCCUCUGCUCUGACCUUGUUCCUACUCCAUUUCCCCCAGAUUCACUUUCAGGAGGGUGACUUGAUUAGGCCACAGCCUCACUCCACACUCUGUUCGGAGACCUCUGGGGAAUCCAUGGGAUUUGGGAUAAAAGGCAUCUGUCAAA